AUGGCACGAUCAAAAAGACUCACGUUACAUCAAAUAUACAGUGAUGAUGUACCACCGUUAGCUGAUUCGACAUGGCAACAACUACCUAAACCCAAGCACAAAUCACAGAGGCAAUUGAAGGCAAAAGCACACAAUGCAAUAGAAGUGUUUAGAGGUAAACAUGCUGGGUUAAUGGAAGAGCGACCCGUAAGGGCCAUGCCAAUGUCACAAAUCGAGAAUCCCACAAUACCAUCAGUGCAAACAAUUGACCAUCCUGUAGUACCAUCCCCGACUCCAGUGGCGACACUUCGAGCAACCAGGCUUCCGACUAUAAGAACUCUAUUGAGCAAAGUCGGUGAAACUCAUCCAAUAACCACAGCUCAAAGUGUGUUUGAUAUGUGCAGCUUCUACAACAAGCCUUACUCUUUGGUUUCUGAAUUCAAAGGAUACAUUCCAGGCAAUCAGCAGUUGAGUAGAUCGCAAUUCAAAAGCGUUUUUGAGGCGCAACAUUGUAUUGCCGAACAGACCUAUCCAAGUGAAGACGUGAAAAAGGUUGCGAUUGAGUCCUUGCUCAAUAGCGAAGGGGAGAUAAGUCCAAUAGAUCAUGCACUUACGUAUUUACGAGAAGCUACUGAUAUCGUUUGUGAGAGUUUUGGUGCACAGUAUGAUCCGCCGAAUAACUAUGAACAGAGCUAUCGAAGCGACAGUGCCCAGAGCAAUACCCAAAGACGCCAAUUGCCCGUGAGUCAUCACCAUCAUAGAACGACGGCCAGAGAAACACGGCAUCCUGACGCCGUAUUUGAUGCAAUGGAUUUGCUUCAUUGUGAAAAACCACUCUACUUGCAUUAA